GCCGUAGCCUCAAGUUAGGGUGAGCGGAAGCCUGACUUCCUCCCGCUUGCCCAGCUCGUACGUACCAGAAGAUCUGUGGAUUGCCCUGUUUCAUCUCAGCCUUCCUAUGAUGCUCAUUUAUGGCUCACUGACCUCCCUCUGCCACAGAGAAGAAGGAUGGAUCUUCUCUUCCAGCUUUGCACUGUCUUCCAGCUGCUGUUGUCUACCUCCUCCAGCUUCUGUGGCCUUCAUUAUGUGCAGCCCAAGUGGGAGAAAGCCCACAAUGUGUCUCCACAACAGAAUUACACCUUGGAAGCACCAUGGUUAGUGAAUGUGUUUGGCAAUGGCAAGAGGUGCCUAGGUGUUGUGCUAAGCAGCUGGUGGAUCCUGACAGCAGCCAACUGCUUCCUGCUGAUGAAGCCAAGCCAUAUAGAAUUGACCGGGUUGCAUGGGCAUGUCUCCACCAAGACAGUGAGCCAGUUCCUGUCACACCGGGGUUUCAGUUCCUGGGACACAAUGCCUAAUAAUGACCUGGGACUCAUUAUGCUUGGUGAACCACUUGAUCUAAGAAAGAAAGACAUAUGGCCAGUUUGCGUCCCCCGGGAAUCCAAACCCUAUGACACACAGGAAGAAUGUAGGAUUUACGAACGAGGCCAUCGUGGACCCAAGAGAUGGUUGUUGAAGGAGAUUGUUGUGAAUGCUUUGAGGACAUCAGAAUGUGCUACACAUUGGUCUGGCACAACAGAAGAACAGACCUUGUGUGUUGGAAAAGAGACAUCUGACGACAAAGAUUGCAGGGUGCCUGUAGGCAGUCCUGUGAUCUGCCAUGAUCCAGCCAGUGGGCUCUGGGAGGCAGUGGGCAUUGUGAGCCAGAGCUUGCAUGAUUGUGCAGCUCCUGUUCUGGCUGCCCAGCUUCUACCCCAUCUGACCUGGCUGUGGCGAGAAGGAGCAGUCAGUAAUGACUCUAAUAAAGGAGAACCAUCUGUCAUAUCACCAUUGCCUGUCACGUCUGAAACAGUGAAAGAAUUGCCUUCAACACCUCAACAGCCUGUAACAUUUCCAGCAGGACAGUUCAUCACAUCAACCGUCCAGCCUUCCUCAGCAACCCUAAAAGUGCCUGUAAUGCUACCUUUUGUAGAACAAAUAGUUGAAGUACCUCAAACAAUGAGUGCAGCACCAUUAGAAGAAACCAUGACAACCAAAACAUUGGAAACAGCCAUGGCAAUCAAAUUGCCACCAUUUGAAACAACCAUGAUGACCAUCCCCUCAUCACCCACAUCUACAGAAUCACUGCAUGUAGUAUCUAUAAUUGCAGAUCACUCUACACUUGCAUCAAAAGUAGUAGAGCCUUCCCCACCAACUAAUCACGUAAUUAUUCUAGUACCUUCAUCAAAUUCUCAAUUCACACCUGUAGUACCCUCAACCAGCCACUCCUUUUCACAACCCUCACUGCAUGUGACACCUGUAAAUACUGGAGACUCAACAACCAGAAAAACAUCUACUGUAAUCUCUUCUACACUUAAACUGCAAUCUUCUGUAAUGCCCACAAAAAUUGUAAUAUCUGCAACAACACAGUACCCAUCAUCUGUAGUCUCUUCCACAACAGGUCGCUCACCCCAAACUGUACCAGCAGACACACAACCACAUGUGAUAAUAUUACCUGCUACUCCAAGGCCCUUGCCAUCUCCAGACUCCAUAAUAGUGCCUCCUACAGAGCUCCCAUCACCCACAGCUAAAACUGAUGUCAAUCAAGGUACACCUGUUCAUUUAAUUGUAGCUGGGAAACAGUUGUCCAGACACAAACGUGAAGAAAGCCUAUUUCUUGGCCCUUCUCUAGCAUUGGUUCCCCCACCCAGUGUAACCACUUCCAUGAUUCCCAGCUUGCAACAUGCUGUACGAGUGACACUGAAACAGUGUGAGAUUGGACUGGCAUGGAAUAGUAGCACUCAUACCUAUCAACUUAAGAUGGCAGUUCUGAUGGAUCACAGAAUUGGAUGUGGCCUGAGGCCUGAUUUUUUGCCCAAAUGCCCAAGCUGUUCUGAAGCGGAAAUGGGUGAAUUUCCCUGGAUUGUAUCUCUCAAACUGUCCAUCCAACAUUUCUGUGCGGGCUCCAUUCUCAACCCCUGGUGGAUUUUAACCACAGCCAACUGUGCCAACCUUAUAAAAAAUUCAAAGGCUUUGGCACUUGUGCAGGCUGGGCUGGUAGAUGUUUCCAAGGCAAUGUACUCUAUGAAGAUCCGCCAAGCUCUGACACACCCAAAUUCACUUGAGCACCAGGACCUUCACAACCUGGGGCUUUUGCAGCUUGAGAAACCACUGGAAUUUGGCCCCCAUGUUGCACCGGUUUGUCUUUCUGACAAGGCAGAUAUGAUCAAUGAUUUCAGAAAUUGUUGGCUACCAAGCUGGACUGCGCAGAAGGGAGGCUCUUCUGUUCUACUGAGACAUCCCUUAGGCAGCAUAAGUAUCAGCAGCUGCAACCAGUUUGGAGGAUAUCCAUCUGAUGGCAUCUUCUGCAUCAAGGAUCAGAUGGGCCAGGAAGGAGUCUUCAAGGGUGAUGUGGGCUCUCCAUUGAUCUGCCCUGACCCCCAGAGUGGGGCUUGGCUACAGGUGGGGGUGUUAAGCAGUUUUGAUGAAGCCUGCUCCCAUCCCUAUGUCUUCAGCAGCCUGUCCCACUACUUGCCUUGGCUGGAGAGAAGCACAAAGGGUACAGGGCAUCGUUACAACCUCACAGUCCCUUGGGAAUGGCCAGGCCCUGCAAAGAACCUUACACUGCUGCAGGAACCAAAGACCCUACUUGCAUGGAUCUCAGCACAAUUGUCCUUGCCCUGGCAAGUGCUCAUUACCACAUGUGAGAAUCAGAACUGCGAGGGCUCAAUCCUGAACCAGUAUUGGGUGUUGACUACAGCGCAGUGUGUUAGAGAGGCGGAUCCAGAAAGCACAACUGUCUUUGUGGGACUGAAGCAUCCCAAGGGCCAUGUUCAGACUGUCCGUGUGGCUCGGAUUUUCCCUUACAAGAAAAUCUCACAGUACACUCUCUCCAGAGGCUACAACAUGGCUUUGCUGCUCCUCCAGAAACCCAUCACCUUUGACCAACAUGUGACUGCUAUGACCUUCUCCCCAAAGGAGUCCUGGGAUAGCUGCAGAGUGAUGGGUCUACAAAUGCUGCAAUCUGGUGACGUUCAGGCCAACCUCAGUGCAUAUGAAGUCAAGGUGCUAGUACCCUCAGACUGUAUCAAAGAGCAUCCUGGCAUCAGUUCAACCAUGUACUGCAUCAUAAGGAAUAGCUCUAGCUACCUACCUGCUGCAGCUGUAGGAGAGGGUGCAGCCUUGCUCUGCCAUUUGGAAGCCAAAAACACAACUUGGAGCCAGGUCGGCUUGAUGAGUGAGCCCUUUCCGGGAUCCCAGACAGUUGUUCUGUCCUCCAGCAUUGUUUCCUAUGUGGACUGGAUGGAAGAAACAUCCAAACAAACUAAGCACUUACUAUCCCUGGUCCAUGGAAGAGCUGCCUGUGGACCAAGUAACUGGGCACUUCUCCUGAUUAUGUCAUUGUUAGUGGGAGCAGAGUUGAGUUGAAUGAAGCAGGGAGUAAGAUGGCAACUCCAUGUGGGGAGCCUCACUAUAUAUAAAGCUAUCCCAGAUUCUUCUUCUUAUUUUUGUGCGCUCAUGGCUAUUGAGGAUGUGGUUUCAGCUUCAGCUGUGGGAUCCUGUAUCACUUUCCAUGCUGCAAGUGGCCCUCCUCUCACCUCUGCAGGCACCAUGGACCUCCACAUGUAAGUGCUAGAGGAAGGGCAGUCACCCCUGCCUCCAACAGUAGUCAUCCAAGGUUCAGCCUGGAUGGACUACCUGAGCAGAAUAGAGUGUCUUCCUGGAUGAUGCCACCAGCCUGAGGACUGUCCUGGGAGCAGGAGUCCAUCACCCAGUUGAGAACUACUAUGGAUGUCUUGACUGGUGAUUCUUUUAAUAAAUGAGCCCAUUAAAAUUAUGCUACACAAGAGACAGAGGCAGUUCAGAGUAUAUAAGGGAUCAUACCAAGGAAGGGACAAAUUAUAAG